AUCUAGAUCUAGACUAGAUUAGAUCUUUUACUUUCGGGGUCGCUAUUUUGUGUGAAAAUACUGAGAACAUUGGGAUAAAUACCCAGCGUCGAGAUCUAGUCUAAAUGGUUAGAAAAGUGGCAACAAACAUGGCGGCUUCCAAACUAAGUGAUGAAGAAUUGUUAGGCGAUACUCUGGGAGCCAACAUUUACACCAAAAGUUCUGAGGAUUUUUUUCAGAAUGACCUAAUAGGAGAAGAUGGUGAUAUUGAUGAAGAUGCUUUGCUUGGUGUUGAGAACACUGGAGGGAGUUCUGUCUCCAUUUCAUUUUCAAAUGAUAGCAUGCAUCCAGUCUCAACUAGACGUUUGUCUAGAGUACAUGGAACAAGCCAUCAGCAUGCAGACUCUCAGCAAGUUGUCUUGGUGGAUGAACAGGCUUUUGUCUUUGACAAAACUGAUACUGCAGACCUUGAGGAUGAAUUGAAUAUAGCUGGGGAAGAUGAAGGGCAGUUUGCUGUUGGAAACCAGCAAGACUCUGGUUUAGUCUACAGUGAGGAAAACAUUUACCAUAAUGAGCAAGCUGGUGUAGAUGAACAAAACUUGGGCUACUCAGACAGCAGACUACUGCAAUCCACUGCUGGGGAAAUGGUUUAUGACAAUGUAAGUCAUGAAGUCUAUCAAGACACGAGUGGGCUCUACAGCAACUAUUCUGUCUGUGCACAAGGAAACUCUGUGGCUGAAUCAUCAGGUGUUGAGCUUGGCUAUGAACAACCAACUGAACAGGAAGAGCAGGUUCAUCUCGAAUAUGAGACAACUGAUCUACGUACUCAAGAAAACACAGCUGGUGAUAAUGGCCCAGAGCCAAGCAGUGAACAGUUUGGUAGUGAAAGUGAUAGUGAUGAUGAUGACUCAAGACAUAAUCGUGGCAAGUUUACUAGUGAGAGAACAGGAGUAAUCUCUCUUGCAUCUGCUUCAGCCAGAGAAGCAAUCCCUGAUACAUUAGAAAUCAAUGAUGAACAGGCAGCCCAAAUAGAACAGUUCAUGACAGAUAAAAGCAGAGGUAACAAAACAAAGAAUCAAGGUCGUCCUAGUGUUCACAGCAGAUUAGGAUCUAGACCUAAAACGGGCCCUCAGCCUCUCUUACCUCCACCAAGGUUGAAUGCAUUUCCUAGGGCUCUCUUUGCACAGCGACCUAGGAUGGGUGGCCCUAUGCAAAACUCAUUAAGUGUUACAUUUCCUGGGAUGAUGAACCAAAGAGGUCAAUUUUUAAACAGAAUGAUAAAUGAAAUGAACCUUUUUCCUAUUAGAAACCAAAAUCCAAGAGCUGCAUUCUCACCUGGUGGACCAUUCCCAGGACCUGGAGCUCCUUUUAAUCUUGCCCUUGGGACACAACAAAGAUUUCCAUUUCAGCCUCUCCGACCUGGUAGAUUUGCAGGAGCACCAUUACAAAGAAGUGAGUUUUUGAGACCAGAACAGAAAAUGCCUCAGCCGAAUAUAACAAGGGGAAUGUCACCAAAUAUGUCUAAUGCUGCAUUUCCUCCGUAUAGAAUGCAAAUAGGGCAGGGCAUGAGACCCACUGCUGGUCCUCAGCCACUGAUGAAAUCUAUUAAAGAAAGGAUGACUCCCCAACCUGGUCAACCAAUACCUUCUUUGGUACAACCUUUUUCACCAGUGCCAAAUGCUCCACCUAGGCAGUCACCCCAUCAGCGAUUAGGACAAAUGCGUAAUGAGCAAAAAGUGCAACCGCAAAAUUUUGGUCAGCCUUCUCCCUUGCAAGGUCAACAGAAUAUGUCUCAGUAUGGUCCAACAAAUUAUCAGAAACUUAUGCCAAGUAAUUUUCAAGUCAUGAAAAAGCAUAAAAUUUAUAUCAACCCAAGAUUUCAGACUCAGCAAACUAGACAACAGGGUCCACAGAGCAUAACAAAAACUGUUCCAGCUCAAGUACAAAAAGCCAAAGCUAUUCUUUCAAAGGCUAAACAAACUCACAUGAAACAGACCCAGUUACUGUCUGGGCUUAAAAGAAAAUCAACAGAUCUUAUUGAAACUGUUCCAGUUAAAGUCACUAAGACUGACGUUACAACAGAAGCAAAGACAGAAACUAAGACUGAACUUACAACAGAAGCAAAGACAGUAACAAUUGUAGAAGAUAAAUCAGAACAGGGAGAAACUUUAGAUGAGGAGUCUCAGAAAUUGAAAGCUCUUUUAGAAGAACAGAAGAAGAAAAGAGAAUUGAUAAAAAAACAAAAAGAAAUGGCUAGGCAAAAACAGGCUGCUCAGAAACGAAAAGAAUUAGAAGAAAAAAUGAAAUCUGAAGGAAAACUAACACCAAAUGUAACAGUAAAGUCUGAAAAUAUUCCUGCUGCUUCCAGUAAUGCUAAACCUAUUAGUGCUGGAGUUGCUUCUCGACUUGGUCCACCACCCAGUCAACAGUCUGCUCCUCAAGUUUCUCAGUCCCGAAAGGAGUUGAUUCAACAGGCUACACAUGCCAAUAAGCCAACUAUGUUCCAACGGAAUUUUCAGCAAACCCAAAUCAUGCCACAGCAGGCUUUUACUCCUAGAAAACUUAUGCCUAAUAAACUCAGGCCUUCUACAUCCUAUGAGGGACAGGGUGCUAGCUCAGCUGUAAAAUACAGACCAGCAAGUAACUUGAACACUCAGAGGAUACCUUCAUUUAAUCAGCUUAGGUUUCCUGUACCAACUUCAGCUGCACAGAGUCUAGUCCAAGGCACUAGUCUCAGGUUCAGAGGACCUACAACUUUAUCAGAUCCAAGAUACAGAUUACAGAAGAUACCAACAAAUGUUCCUCCCCCUUCAGUACAGUUUUUAACUCCUGCAACCUCCAACCAGGAUCUAAAGUUUCAGAUGUCUCAUCAACAGCCACAGCCAGUGCUGAACCAACAACCCCAGCAACAAUUGGUGCAACAUCAACAGUCACAGUCAGUUCUGCAUCAGCACCCACAGCCAUUGGUACACCAACAGCCCCAGUCAGUUCUGCAUCAACAGCCACAGCCAGUGGUGCAGCAGCAUGUUGAUCCCUACAGGUUUCAGUCUGCACCUCCAACCAUAGCUCAUCAGGCUGUACAUUAUGCACCUCAAGGACAAAGUUAUGCUCAUUCUUAUCAGCCUCCAGUUCAGCUUUACACACACCCUCCACCACCAGUAGUGCAGCAGCACACUGUAUCACAGACAGUCAACAGCUCUUCACUGUAUAAUGUGGCACCAGCUCAGCAGUACCAUAACUCUACUGCUCUCAAUUACCAAGCACAGAACCAGUCUGGACAUACUUUUUAUUCUCAAUCGCCUACAAGACAGGCUUCAACUUCUUCAACCCAUGCACAUGAUCAGAUGCCAUCUGUUGGUCAGAGGAUUCAGACUAUUGGUCAACAUGUUCAGCCGACCACUGGUGGACAAAUUAGAUCAAUUAUUCAUAAUGUUAAGCCAACCCCACAAGUACGUGUGGUGCACUCCAAUGUUUCUAGACCAAAUACAAUUUCCUUGAAUCAACAAGUUGAUGUUUAUAGUGGACCACAGAAAAUUGUCAUUCUAAAUGUCCCCCAGCAAGCGACUAGAGAAACUAUCAUUAAAAUUUGCAGACAUUUUGGCCAUGUCAUGGGAGCCAACUUAAUUAGAUCUCAGAAUAAAGCCAUUGUUCAGUUUGAAACUGGAGAGCAAGCAGCCAAGUGUGUCAGCAAGUGUGAUCAGAAAUGUCUUCAUAAGACAAGACUUACUGUACGACUUCUUCCAUAGAAUGGAUCUGUUUUGUAGUAUAUAAAUAUCAUACAUUUCCCAUUGUAUUGUGAGGAAUCUUAUUUGAUAGUGUUUUUUUUUUUACUGAAGUUGAAUCCAUUGAUUUCAUUUAUCAACUUUAUUAUGACUUAAGUGUAUAUGCAUAUAUGUCAGUUGAGUCGUUGAGUUAUAUCAAUUGAAUCAUCUUGAAUGUGUCAUAUAGUUAUAUCAGUUGCAUAUGUAUCAUCUUGCAUCUGAUGAGAUAAAUGAAUUGAAUCCUUGUAAUGUUACAUGAAGUUAUUAUUUGUUGAAUAAAUAUGUUUCUGUCUUGUGUGUUUGUGUACUAGCUUAUAUCUGUACUUUUUGUUGAUGGAACAUUUCUUAGACAAGAAAUUCUACCUAAAUUGAAAUAAAUAUUUUUCCUGAAAAAAAAUCUUUGUUCAAUUUA